AUGGAUUAUGCUCGAAAAAUCGGUAAAUCCACCGAACCCAAGAAAUGGAUAAGAUCACCCGCCUCUGUUUUAUAUACAUCUGACCCACCCAUAAGCGAGGACAAAGUUCUCCUCGAGGAUCGUCGCUUGAAAAACUGGAAAAGAUGGUUAGCGACUCGAAAAACUCAAAGCAUGCUGAUCAAAUAUGAAACAGGUCGUCAUCAAAGGGAUCACGUCAUGAAUUCCUGCGAAACAAUUCGUCCACUGGUGGAAAUGAGAACCUUGAUGGAUUACGCCACAGUUCCAGUACCAGUUAUACCUGAUAAUUAUCGAGGUGGUCCAGAAUUUUGGAAAAUUCCACCAGCGAUCCCCAAACGGGAUCCCUGUUUACCGGAUAUUAAAUUCGCACCAAAUAAAAAGGAUCUGAAUAAAGUUCCAGAAUUCACCUACGUAGGUCUACCUGAAUUAAUAGAGAAAGAAAAGAAUCUGGUAAGUUUAUCAUCGAAGAAAUCAGUAUGGAAACGCAGUCAAUAUCUCCAUAAACGAAAAGAAGAGCUGUCGCAUGAAAUCAAACUCGUGGCAUCGACAGAACCGGAAAUUAGGCAUCUGGUCAUCGAGAAUUAUGUAUUUCCAGAAGAAAUUGAGAUGCCAAGAAUUCCUCCAAUAACUAUCUCCGAUGCAGAAGAUGAAGAGUCCUGUGAAUCUCCUGAUCAAACCGUAGUCCUGAAGAUCCAGGAUACAGAAAUUCGGCAAACAUUUUCUUCAAGAAAAGAAGGAAUCACAUCUGAACCUAUCAAAUGGAAUGUAGACUUUUCUAGCAAAGUGAACGAGAUGGAAGAGAAAGAAAUUGUAUUUGAAAAUAAAGGAAAUCGUGUGAUUAUUUAUCAAUGGAGGGAUGCAAGAUUUCAAUCCAAAGCGAUGUCUUUUAGCAGAAAAAUAAGCCCCUUCUUUUUUAAUAAGACCAAAGGGGUGAUUCUUCCUGGACAGUUCGUGAAAUUGAAAGUCUGGUAUCGAUCACGAAAGUCAGGAGUUUUUAUGGAAUUCUGGAGAUUAUUGACUGAUCCAGAACUCUGUUCUUCACCGCUGAUUUUUCGAUUCUGGGGUCAUUCUGAGACGAUGAGGGAGGUUCAGGAUGAGUUUGCACAUACCGUUGAUAAAUAUUUGGAUCGUUGUAUUAGAAACAAUGUGAUAAGGGAAAUAAUUGAUGAUAUAAUUGAAGAUGUUUAUUUCGUAAAACCACCUGAUCCAUUUUAUGGAAGCUUGUUCCUAGAAUCAGAAAUAUUUACAGCAAAGAAUCCAAUGUGCUUCUAUAGUCCUAGUUUGGUGAUAGAAUUUCAGAAGAUUUAUCAGGCUGCAACGAAUCAAAAACAGCAGCGUUGGAAUUUAUCCAUAAUUGAUCUCCGAGAUCUUUUAUUGAAAAUGAAAAAUCCAGAACGGAGAAAUUCAAUGCUGAAGCAAUUGAGUAAACUUUAUAAAGACUGCCUGAAACCCACUUUGUACAAACCAGUUCAGUGUAACAAGUAUGAAAUGAUAUAUAAUUUAUGGGGUUAUUUCUUCAAUCAAUUUGAAAUCGAAAGCCAACAAUCAAGACAAGUUCGUCCUGAAAAAGAAAUUGAUACAUCUGAGACUCUUAUUAAAGACAAAAAUCGUAAAUCAAGUUCUUCUUUACAAAGUGUUCAAGAAAUUAGCGAAAGUUCUGUUAUCAUGAUGAAUAAUUUUGCAUAUGGAGAAACAUUUUUCAUUCGCAUUUAUCAACUUUUAGCUGAGACGAUGGAACGGAUUUUUGCUACUAUUGAUUCAUUUAAUAAUUUGAACGAAAGAGAAAAAUGA